AUGGUUCGUGUGAAAAAUCGCUGGAUAAUAUUCAAAGUCGAAUUGAGUGAUCAUAAUAAAUUAAAUAGUCUAGAUCGUAUUUUAAAACCUUCAGUAAUUAAACCUGAAAUUGAUAAAAGCGCUGAAUUUCUAUUUGGGCUACUUCAGGGUAAUUUUAUUUCAAAUAAUAUAACUGUACCCUUCGCAAAUUCAACAGAGAGCCUGGCACUCCUCCAGUGCAGAAAAGCAUUUUUGAAGGAAACACUGUUAAUUGUUAAAUUUAUUAAAAAAAUCCAAAAUAUUGAUAUCUCCUUCGUUCCAGUUCGCGUCUCAGGAACAUUACACCAAGCUAGGAAAUUUAUUUUAUCAAAAAUCCUAGAAUCCCUCGAACAAAUUUCAAUUUUAGAACUUUCAGGCACCCAAGUGCCAGAAAAAUCUAGUUUAUUACUUGGAAUUAACAGGAUUAAUUUGGUUCGUCGUUAUAGUCCUGAGGUAAAUGAUCAUUUCAACAAUCCCAGAAAUGUUGGAAGUUUUGAUAAGGAUGACCCAUCGGUAGGAACUGCAAUAGUUGGCAAGGCGGCAUGUGGAGAUGUGAUUAAGCUCCAGGUCAAAAUUAAGGACGAAGUGAUUGAGGACGCCUGUUUUAAGACUUUUGGAUGCGGUUCAGCAAUAGCAAGUAGUUCAUACGUAACGGAAAUGGUUAAAGGCAAAACAUGUAAAGAGGCAUUAGCAAUUAAGAAUACAGAUAUUUCAGGUACUUUUCUCCUAUAUAGUUAUAUAACUAAUUAUCUCCAAGGAGAUACAUAA